AUCUCCGUGUCCGAAGCGAAUGAUCGUGUGUGUUUGUGUGUCAUCGUAUCCGUAGGGACUGGGUUGCUGGUCCAGUUUCCUCACUUGCUUCAGGAUGCGGACCCGGUCGAGCUCCACGCAGUCAGAGGGCAACUUCCUCCCCAGCCAGGGUGGGAGUUCUGAGGGAGGAGGAGGAGGAGGAGGAGGAGGAAGAGGAGGCUGGUUAAACGGGAAGUUCCAGAAGUUGUUCCGACGACCCGGAGGUCAGGACAUCGGCAACAACAUCGGCAUCACCCCCGGCAACAUCCCCAGCACCGAGAGUCUCCUGCUGCCCAGCGACCCCGAGAAGCCUCCGACUCCAGCGAUCCUCAGAUUUGAACAGAACCUCGAACAAAAGCGCUUCUGGGAGGCCAGCCAGCAGCUGAUAGAGAGAGAGGAGCGUCUAUUCAGUGAGACCCCCGAGGCCGAGGGGCUUCCAGGUCACGAGGAGGAGGUGAACAGUCUGGCUGCUGACUAUGAAGCCCUGGAACGCCUCAUCGUGGAGACUCUACAGCAGAGUUUGUCUCUCAACACGGGCGAGGUCAGCACCGAGACUCUGACCUCUGCUGUGAAGGCCGUUUACCAGGAGGACGAGCAGGACCAGCUGUGGAAGCAGAGGGACAGGACCCCCCCCGGGUGGAGGGCCAGCGGCUGGAUGGAGCUCCAUGACACAACUCUCCGUCGCCUGGUGGAGGAUCAUAUGGACAAUCCCUCGACUCCUCCAGCCAACCAGGUGCAGCAGUCGUCUGUGGAGGCUGACGUCUGCAGCAUGGGCCGGCAGCUGCUGGCCGACCUGCAGCUGGUGGUGGGCGUGGUGAAGACCUGCUACCCGACACAUGCCAACAUCUGUGAUUUCUACGCCAGGAUUUUCCACCAACACACCAGCGCCAGACUCAAAAAGAUCGCAGACUUCGGUCUGGGGGAAAAGGAUUGUACCUUCCUCCUGCGCUGGGUGAACGAAUACUAUCCAGGAUUCUUUCAGAAGCCGGAGCUGGUCGGUGAGAUCAGUGUCGAGCCGCUGGGGAAGCUUCUGUCUGAGGAGCACCUGAAACCUCUGGAGGAACAAUACCUGAGCACUAAACAGACUGAGCUGAUGACUUACAUCCGCCGGGUUCUGGAUCAAGAGAAACAAAAUUGGAAAGACGGAGUGGAGCCGAAAAUGGAGGACGGCUGCUACAACAGUCCUGCGUCCUACGACAUCAUCCAGUUUAUUUAUGGGAUGGUGACUCCAGCUGAGAAAGUGGUGGGAGACCCGCACAAGGCCCGGAGCAUAACCAGUGAACUGGACACUUUAAUGAAGAGCUUCAAGCUCUUCCAGGACGAAGUCGUGAAGAAGAACCAAAGCAACAGGAGAGCCGUCAUCAAGGCCAACCUCGGGGGGGUCCAGCAGUUCACGAUGGUUCUCCAGAAGAAUGGUCACCUGUUCCAAGAGGACGUGCGGACGAAGUGUCUGAAGGUUCUGAGCGACAUGAAAGAAUCUGCUCACACGUACUUACUGAGCUCCGUGCACGACGCCCUCAAGCCACAUUACCGCAAACUGGGAACCAGUGAGUGGCUGAACAAGCCUGAGUUUGAGCGGCUGCUGGUCGGCAUCCAGACGCAGAGUGAAGAGCUUCAGGGUUCCAAGGAAUCCUGUCACCAGGAGCUGAUGUGCCAGUUUCAUCAGGAGGUGACAGUGGAAUAUGUGAAGAGGCUCCUGAGGGGAGGAGUUAAGCUGAAGGACAAGAACCAGCAGGACAAAGCCUGCACGACGGUGAAGGACAACGCCGAGAGUUUGCACGAGUUAUUCAUCGAAAUGGGCUCAAAGGAAGACUGGCUGAAGGAAAUCCUCACCACCAUUGCAGAAGUGUUAAAACUCCAGGAUCUUCCCGCCAUCCAGAUGCAAGUAGCCUCCCUGGGAAAUGCCUUUCCUGACCUGAGUGAUAAACACGUGGCGGCUCUGCUCAAGCUCAAGACCAACAUCACCCGAGCCGACCGGAAAACGGUGAAAGAGACUCUGAUCGACGCUUUGAGAGAAACCAACGGCGCCGGCUCACGCUCGUUUUUCUCCAAAGUUCAGGUCAAGUGAGGCUUCGACCACAAAGAGAAGAGGAAGUGAGCUGCAGUCUGAGGACAGGGAUGUGUUUACUGAGCAUUAGAGAAUGAAACCUCAAUAAUAGAAAAAAGGUAAUAACACAAAUUGUAAUUAUCAACCUGCAUAUGAGCAGAAUAUGUCAUUUAAUGUCCAGUAUUAUGAACUUCAGUGUUUGUGUGUAAGUAUGAUUGAGAGAUUGUGUAGUUACUGUAUGAAUGUACAAGCUCAACUUUGCACAUGGUGCUGUUUACUGCUCAGGUCAGUUUGUGUGUAUUUUAUUUUGUUUACAGAAAAUAGAUCAAGGUCAAGUGUAUUGCUCUAUUGUAUAUUUGUACAUGCUUUGUCUCGUAGAGAAUAUUGUGUUAAAAAUAAGUUUUUAAAUAAAGUUGGUAAAGCCUCA